AUGGCGAUUCCAAAGGUUGGCAUCAACGGACUGGGCCGGAUCGGCCGCCUUGUUCUACGUGCGGCGGUAGAGAAAGGCACAGUGGAAGUCGUUGCGGUUAAUGAUCCGUUUAUUUUCCCCGACGCCGGUUACGCUGCGUACAUGCUCAAGUACGACUCCACGCACGGCGCCUUCCCGGGCGAGAUCGGAACCGAUGGCGAACAUCUGGUUGUCAACGGGAAGAAGAUAACGUGUUUUGCUAUCCGCGAUCCCGCCGAAAUUCCGUGGGGGUCGACCGGCGCCGAGUACGUCGUCGAGUCCACUGGCGUGUUUACGGUAACGGAGAAGGCGUCCCUGCAUCUGAAAGGCGGUGCGAAAAAGGUGGUUAUUUCGGCACCUUCGAAGGACGCGCCCAUGUUUGUCAUGGGCGUCAACCACGACACCUACUCCAAGGAUGUGAACGUAGUAUCCAACGCCUCUUGCACGACGAACUGCCUGGCACCGCUUGUCAAAAUUCUGGAUGAGGCGUUUGGUAUCGAGAACGGCCUCAUGAGCACAAUACAUGCCGUAACCGCCACCCAAAAAACCGUGGACGGUCCGAGCAACAAGGACUGGCGCGGCGGACGCGGCGCCUUCCAGUCUAUCAUACCGAGCAGUACUGGCGCGGCCAAGGCCGUCGGCAAGGUCUACCCCAAGCUCAACGGCAAAUUAACGGGGAUGUCUUUCCGGGUACCCGUUGCGGAUGUGUCAGUUGUGGACUUGACGGCGAAUCUGAAAACGCCCACGACCUACGAAGAAAUUAAGAAAGUCAUGAAGGAGGCGGCCGCAAGUCCCAAGUACAAGGGAAUCUUCGCGUACACCGAAGACCCCGUGGUCUCCGCGGAUCUGGUUCAUAGUUCGUUCUCUUCCGUGUUCGACGCUGAAGCGGGCAUCAUGUUGUCUCCGACAUUUGUCAAGCUCGUAAGCUGGUACGAUAAUGAAUGGGGAUACAGCAAUCGAGUUGUAGACCUGAUCACUCACAUGGCAAAAGUCGACAGCGCGUGA